AUGCCAGAACUUCAUGAUAACCAGGAAGAAAAACUGAAAAAUAUUUAUAAAAAGACUCAGCGUGGAUGGCCCAGACUGUGUUUAGCUGGCAAAUUACAAUCUCCUAUUGAACUGACCAACAAAUUCGCCUAUCACGUGCCUUUCCCUGCAAUUACCUUGAAAAACUUUCAUAAAAUUGAAAAAUUUCAAAUUUUCAAUCCAUCCGAUACCAUUGUUAUUAAAUUACCGAAUGUAUGCUACUGUAAAAGACCCAAAUUAUCAGGAGCAUGUUUAAACAAAGAAUUUACAUUGGAAAAUAUUCAUUUUCAUUGGCCAUCGGAACACGUUAUUGAUGGAAUAAGAUACGACUUUGAAACACACUUUGUGUUUUUUGAUGGUAGAUUUGGAAGUUUUCAAAGUGCUUUAGGACGUCCGAAUGGUAUCACUGUAAUGGCGAUUUUGUUUAUGAAAACCAAUUUUACCCGAAGUAAUAAUUUCAAAACAUUAGCCAAUGCUGCUAAAUUGGUUUCUAAAGCCGGCCGAUCCUCUGUGUGUGAUAAACCAAUAGAUCUUUAUCAAUUUUUGCCCUAUGAUCAUACUACAUUUUAUUGCUAUCAAGGGUCAUUAUCCACUCCAGGCUGUUUUGAGCAUGUAAAUUGGAUUGUUUUUAAGAACACAUCAAAUAUUUCAAUUUGGGAUUUCAAAAAUUUGACCACAAUAUACAGCAGAAUAGGACAACUAAUUGGUAGCAAUAAUAGACAACUUCAAAAGCUUAACGAUAGGAUAGUAUCAAUUAGGGACGUUGUAUAA